AUGGCGCCCACGGAUGCACCAGCGCAGUCUAAGGGCCGGGAGGCCUCCGUCCCAAAUGAGGCAGGUGGGCCGUCAACUACGCCAGAGUCUAAGAAACGGACGGCUCCUGUGUGGAACGUGUUUGAGCUUGAACUGGUCUUCAAGACAUUGAAAAGUGCAUUUCUCGUGGCACUUACACUGACGCGGAGAUUCGGCGUCGUUUGGUGCGUAUUUUCGCCAAAGGUCAACGUCCCUUCUCGUGUCACCAUUGCAAGAGACAUCAUGGAUGCAUAUAAAGACUUUUUUUCCAAGCUCAAGGUGCGCCUGGGUGCUUUGUCUUCUAAGAUAUCCUUUACAUGUGAUCUGUGGACAGCGCCAAACAACGAACAAUUCAUGGCAAUCACCGCACACUGGAUCGAUAAGAACUGGGAAAUUUAUAAGGAGUGGGGCUUGGAGGAGAAGGUUAUGGGAAUCACCGUCGACAACGCUUCCAACAACGAGAAAUUUCUGUCUCUACUCUCGACAGAGGUGGGUUUCUGCAAAGACAGGCACCUUAUGUGCUUUGCACAUGUGUUGAAUCUCAUUGCAGAAUGCAUCUUGAAGACGCCUCGUGUUGAUCGAGCGUUAACGAAGAUCCGGGGGCUUGCGACUCACCUUAGCGGCUCUACCAAGCGCACGAAGACGUUCCUGGCCCAUUGCAAAGCGGACAAAGAAACGGGCAAAAAAACAUCGCUGAUUCACGACACCCCAACGAGGUGGAACAGUGCGUACGCCAUGAUCGACCGCGCUAAGGCUUAUGGACUUUUUGGAUGCUGGGGUGCAAAAAGGGAAUGA